AUGUCCACCUCAGAAUCUACUUGGCAUUUGUACGAGUACAAGCCCAGUCUGGUUGCUGCAGCUAUCUUUGCAGCUUUGUUUCUCAUUACAACAUCAUUCCACCUCUAUCAACGAGUCAAAUCGCACGCCAAAUUCCUGAAUCCAUUUAUCGCCGGAGGUGUCUUCCAGGUCAUCGGGUACUGUUCCCGUGGUGCGGCUCACUUCCACGAGACAUCGACCACCAUCUAUGCCCUACAGACGCUUCUUCUCCUGUUGGCACCAACCUUAUACGCAGCAUCAAUCUACAUGAUCCUGGCCCGAAUCAUCAUAUCGGUCAAAGCGCAGCAUCUUAGUUUGAUCCCGGUAAAGUGGUUAACUAAGAUCUUUGUCUGCGGCGAUAUCCUCUCCUUCAUUCUUCAAGGUGCAGGCGGCGGCAUCAUGACAAGCGGCUCAUCCAGCAGCCUUAAGAUCGGCCAAUGGGUUAUCAUAGUCGGAUUAUGCGUCCAGCUACUGUUCUUCGGCGCCUUCCUGAUCGCCUCGAUUAUCUUUCAUCUUCGGAUACACGGUGCCCCCACCGCAGAAUCAGAGAAGGCGAUGAGUCGCGGCAGGAGCUGCUUGCCGUACGACUGGCGAGGCUUGCUAUUUGCAUGCUACUUUGUUAGCGUUCUCAUCCUCAUUCGGUCCGUCUACCGCGUUGUCGAGUUCGCACAGGGAAAUUCCGGCUAUGUCAUCAGUCAUGAAUGGUUCCUGUAUGUUCUGGAUGCGUUGAUGAUGCUCUUGGUUAUGUUGACGUUGAACCUGUUUCAUCCGUCUGUUGUUCUGAACAACAAGAGACAGCAUCAGCGGGACGGGUCGUAUGAGGCCGUGUUGCAGCCCGAGUAUCACAUGCGCAGGAUCUCGGAGGGAGCAUGA